AUGGCUACAACGUCCUCACCCCUCAUUGCGCUCUUCCUUCUGCUCCUUUUGGGGCUUUUCCGGCACAAUGGGGAGGCACGUGACCCAUUUGCAUGUUACCCAAAAGAUGGCACCACGAAGAACAUGCCAUUUUGCAAGGUGUCACUGGCGAUACCAGAGAGGGUAAAUGACCUCAUUGGAAGGUUGACAAUGGAAGAGAAGGUUAACCUUCUAGUGAACAAUGCCGCGGCGGUUCCAAGGCUUGGGAUCAAAGGCUAUGAGUGGUGGUCUGAAGCACUCCAUGGAGUUUCAAAUGUGGGUCCUGGAACCAAGUUUAAUGCCAAGUUCCCCGGUGCUACUAGCUUCCCUCAAGUCAUCACCACCGCUUCUUCCUUCAAUGCUUCUUUGUGGGAGGCAAUUGGACGGGUAGUCUCGGACGAAGCAAGGGCAAUGUACAACGGUGGAACAGCAGGGCUCACAUAUUGGAGCCCAAACGUUAACAUUUUCAGGGACCCAAGGUGGGGCCGUGGACAGGAAACUCCCGGUGAGGACCCUGUGCUAGCCGGUACAUAUGCUGCUAGUUACGUCAGAGGCCUACAGGGAACAGACCGUAACCGGUUGAAGGUUGCUGCUUGUUGCAAACACUUUACGGCUUACGACCUCGAUAAUUGGAAUGGCAUGGAUCGCUUCCACUUUAACGCGGAGGUGAGUAAACAGGACAUAGAGGACACAUUCGACGUGCCAUUCAGGAUGUGUGUGAACGAAGGGAAAGUAGCGAGUGUAAUGUGUUCUUAUAAUCAGGUCAAUGGAGUCCCCACUUGCGCUGACCCCAACCUCCUGAAGAGAACAGUUCGUGGGCAGUGGCAUCUUGAUGGGUACAUUGUAUCAGACUGUGACUCUGUCGGGGUGUUUUACGGUAACCAACACUAUACAUCAACGCCAGAAGAAGCUGCUGCCGAUGCCAUUAAAGCCGGUUUGGAUUUGGACUGUGGGCCUUUCCUAGGUUCGCACACGCAGGAAGCGGUGAAAAAAGGCUUGUUAAGCGAAGCUGAUGUGAAUGGUGCUUUGGUAAACACACUAACUGUCCAAAUGAGGUUAGGGAUGUUUGAUGGAGAGCCAUCGACUCAGGCAUAUGGCAACUUGGGCCCAAAAGAUGUGUGCAAACCGACCCAUCAAGAGCUCGCUCUCGAGGCUGCCAGACAAGGAAUUGUGCUCCUUAAGAAUGAUGGUCCCACUUUGCCUCUCUCCCCACAGCGUUACCGUACCUUGGCCGUCAUUGGGCCCAAUUCCAAUGCCACUGUUACAAUGAUUGGAAAUUAUGCGGGUAUUGCUUGCGGAUAUACCAGCCCCUUACAAGGAAUAGGAAGAUAUAGCCGGACUAUUCACCAGUUCGGUUGUGAAAAAGUUGCUUGUGCUAAUGACAAGCAGUUUGGGCCUGCGCUAAAUGCAGCCCGUCAAGCAGAUGCGACCGUCCUAGUGAUGGGCCUGGACCAGUCUAUUGAAGCUGAAACAAGGGACAGGGUUGGCUUGCUUUUACCUGGGCACCAACAAGACCUUGUUUCAAAAGUAGCAGCUGCCUCAAAAGGACCAACUAUUUUGGUCAUAAUGUCUGGUGGGCCUGUGGAUAUCACUUUUGCAAAGAAUGACCCUCGAGUUGUUGGCAUCUUGUGGGCUGGUUAUCCGGGCCAAGCUGGUGGUGCUGCCAUUGCAGAUUUACUGUUUGGAACGGCUAACCCGGGAGGCAAGCUUCCAGUGACAUGGUACCCACAGGAGUUCAUAAGAAACUUGUCAAUGACAAAUAUGGGAAUGAGAGCAAGCAAAUCAAAAGGAUACCCAGGAAGAACGUAUAGAUUCUACAAUGGGGCAGUGGUGUAUCCAUUUGGACAUGGAUUGAGUUACACACACUUUGUUCAUACAAUAGCAAGUGCCCCCACAGUGGUGUCAAUUCCCUUGAAUGGACACCGCCAUGCAAAUGUGACCAACUUUUCAAACAAAGCGAUUAGAGUGACACAUGCAAGGUGUGGGAAACUCUCGAUCACCCUUGAGGUGGACGUGAAGAAUGUGGGAUCAAGAGAUGGGACUCACACACUGUUAGUGUUCUCUGCUCCGCCAGCGGGUGCUGGGCAUUGGGCAUUAGAGAAGCAACUCGUGGCUUUUAAGAAGGUGCAUGUGCAUGGCAAGGCUGAGCAGAGAGUGAGAGUGAAUAUUCAUGUUUGCAAGCUCCUAAGUGUAGUGGAUAGGUCUGGGAUUAGGAGAAUCCCAAUGGGGGAACACAGUCUUCACAUUGGCGAUGUCAUACACUCCGUGUCACUUCAAGCUGCGGCACUUGGGAUUAUCAAGUCAUGA